AUGGACAUCGCCAAUUUGGACCACACGUGUUCGCAGAUCAACCUGCCAUACUGCCGGUACAUCGACAAGCCCGCAUACUACCCUGCCCGGAACUACAUGAUCAUGGACUACCGACUACACUCUCUGUGCACACUCGUUCUUCUGAUGGUGCUCAUCAUGUCGCUGGUGCGUCUCCACGUAAACAUAAGGAAAAAGUACAUAGCAUACGCCAGGGAUGAGCUGAUGCUCAUAUGCGAUAUUUAUCUUGCACACCUUGUGCUCGAGUUCGUUCUGGUGCUCGAGCUGUUCAAGUCCAGACUGAUACUCACCGUUCAGCUGUCGCUGAUCAACGCUGGCACAUUCACUCUCAUCCUACUGUGCAUAUUCUGCACCGCGCUCAACCUCAUACACUCGUAUGCCAUCGUGCGCGUGCUUGCCGUCGCGUACUUCGCUGCAAGCCUGAUUUUCUUCCUGCUCUUCCUGAACAACACCGUUCUCGUGUUCCUCAACUUCAUUUUCAAUCUCUUCCUUGUUCUUCUGUUUGUCUUCGUGCAGCUGUUCAAACUGGUAAGCAGCAGGGCAGAGGUGUGGUCAUUCGGCAAUCUCUUCAUUUCCGUGCUGUUUCUUGCCAUGUCGGUCCUCGUACUCUUCGUGGGCAACAACGUCAUCUGCUUCGUGUGUGAAGGCUACUUGGACGGCUUGUUCGUUUUUCACAUCUUUUUGUUCCUCAGCUUUCUGAUGCUGCACAAGUACUGGCUGAGCACGUGUGAUAAGGAGGUGGAGUGCACAGCAAUACAAUCGGGCAGUUGA